GCCUCACCACCUCGUUCUUUCCCUCAUGCCUUCUCGCGAAAUCGUCAACAUCCAAGUCGGCCAGGCCGGAAAUCAAUGUGGCGAGACGUUCUGGCAGAUGCUCCUCGCCGAGCAUGGCCUUGACAAGUCUGGAGCAUACCGUGGCACAGAUCCUUUACAGAUUGAGCGCGUCGGGACAUACUUCUCCGAAGUUGAGGGUAACGAUAAGGCCCUGCGAUACGUCCCCAGGAGUGUCCAAGUCGACCUUGAAGCCGGUGUCUGCAACCGCAUCAAAUCUGGACCUAUUGGUGGUUUGUUUAGACCGGAUACCUACAUCUACGGAGAGUCGGGUGCCGGAAAUAACUGGGCAAAGGGCUACUAUACUGAAGGUGCUGAGCUGGUAGAUAGCAUCACGGAAAGCCUGAGAAAACAAACAGAGGCAUGCGACUCGCUUCAGGGGUUUCAAAUCAUCCAGUCUUUGGGAGGCGGUUCAGGCGCUGGUCUCGGUUCCCUCCUUCUGUCUAAACUUCGGGAGGAAUAUCCUGACAGGAUGAUGGCAACGUUUUCGAUUCUUCCAUCGCCGAAGCUGUCCGAGACGGUUGUCGAGCCCUAUAAUGCCAUGCUUUCAGUCCACCAGUUGGUUGAGAACAGCGAUCUUACCGUUUGUAUCGACAACGAGGCCUUGUACGAUAUAACGACCCGGACCCUCAAGGUCAAGACUCCGUCCUUCAAUGACCUGAACACUAUCAUUUCUCAAGUUAUGUGUGGAGUAUCGACGUCGCUUCGUUUCCCGGGACAACUCAAUGGCGACUUGCGCAAGCUUGGAUUAAACCUUAUUCCAUUCCCUCGUCUUCAUUUCUUGAUGCCGAGCUACGCCCCCUUCCAUGACACAAAAGCUCAAUCCUUCUAUCGUGUCUCUGUUCCGGAUCUCACGAGCGCCGUGUUUGACCGCCGUAAUCUUUUGGUUGGUUGCGAUCCUCGUUACGGACGCUACCUGACCGCAGCCACCAUCUUCCGCGGCAAAAUUUCCUCUCGUGAGGCUGAAUAUGCUGUCCAUGACCUCCAGAGGAAAAAUUCGAACCUCUUUGUUGAGUGGAUUCCGGACAACGUCUCCGUCACGCUCUGCUCCGUGCCUCCCGUCGGUCAGAAGCAGUCGGCCACUUGUCUGGCGAACUCGACGGCCAUCCAAGAGGUUUUCAAACGCAAUCUGUCACAGUUCUCGGUCAUGUAUAAGCGACGUGCCUUCUUGCAUUGGUACACAGGCGAAGGCAUGGACACCAUGGAGUUCUCCGAAGCAGAGAGCAAUACUCAGGAUCUGAUUGCGGAAUAUCAACAGUAUCAGGAAGCGACAAACGACGAUGAGGAUGUGGAGGCCGGGGACUAUGAGGAGGAACCCUUAGCAGAGGAAGAAGAAGAGUAAAGGUUCGAAACUGCAGUUCCUGACUUUCGUUUCACACUUCCUCCUCUACUUUGAUUGAUGCGGUACGGGGACUUAUCGAGCCAUAAUAUCUUCUGCAUUAAUACUACGGAAACAGCACUAUAUCCACAUCCGUCCGCAAUGUUUGACACUCCACUGACAACUUUGAUCGCACUGUUUACUACUCAUAUGUACACCGUUUCUUGUCUUAUGCACUCUCUUUUUCGUCUCCGAUCCACCUCCUCAGCUCUUCACAUGUAGUCAAAUGUUUGCCGACCCCGUCAACUGUGUAUCAUAACGUAUUGUCCAUACUCUUUUUGUAUGACGACUCGCUUUUUUGUGUUAUCAUUGCCUUUGACUCGUGGCUUGAACGUGUCCGACUUCUUGAAUGGCAGGGUUAUAUGUAGGUACGACGAGUCGCCUAUUUGUGCAGUCGGAUGACCUCGGAGAGUUACUUUAUCUCAACUAAACGCUCCGUCGAAAAUUCAAUCGCCUUUCCUCUCUAUCCCAAGCAACAGAAACAUUUCAUCAUCUCCGACCAUCCCAGCCAAAUCAGCCGCACUCGGUUUUCCCGCCCACACAUCCGCACCGCCAUCCAAGAGCACUUUCACUACCUCUUUUUCGAGCUUAAACACUGCAGCUCCGAGUGGAGUUUGAUUGCGGUCGUUAACACGAUUAGGAUCUGCGCCUCGUGAAAGGAGAAGUCGGACGGUAGACGGGUGGCCGGAGUAAGAGGCGAUCAUAAGGAGCGUGUUGCCUUUUUCGUUCAUGAGGUUGACAGGUAGGCCUGCGUCCAGAGUUUGCCGUAGUAUGUCUUCUUCUCCAUUUCGAGCUGCUUGGAAUAUAGUCUGAACGAGCUCGAAUGCUUCAGGAGACAACUCGGGUUCUUGGGGCUGUAAAGAUUGGACCGGACCGCGUGAUGAUGUUGUCUGAAUGAUUGUUCCGCUAGUGGGAUAAAGUCUAUUGAGAACAUUUUCAGCACGAGAUGCUAAUGAGGCUUCGCCCAGAGAAGUGAAAUUCCACAGCAAGCAAGCCAUAAGAACAGGGAGAAGAGCUAGGAAGAAGGCAGACUUCAUCCAUAGCGAGCCGCGAUACGAGG